GGGUCACUUCAGCUGAGGAAGACCCUGGGAAACCGGGUCCAGUUGGGCAGAGUGCUCAGGGAGCUGACUGGACAGGCUCCAGGUGUUUACCUGCGCCCGUAGCGGUCAUGUAGAAGAGCAGAUUUAAUGUGAAGAUGGGACUGUUGGUGUUUAUGCGUAACCUGCUGCUAGCCCUCUGCCUCUUUCUGGUACUGGGAUUUCUGUACUAUUCCGCUUGGAAGUUGCACCUUCUCAGAUGGGAGGAUUCAAAUUCAGUGGUUCUUUCCUUUGACUCCGUUGGACAUACAAUAGGCUCAGGAAGGAGAGAGAGAAAAACUGUGGCUAUUGUGCUUCCGCUGUCCAGCCCAUCUCACCUUGCUGCAGACCCAGGAAAAGACAGAGCCCAGAAAGAACCCACAGAAACAAUGGCAGCUCCAGGCCCAGCCAUUCCCAAAUAUGACAAACUGGGCUUUCUCCUGAAUCUGGACUCCAAAUUGCCUCCAGAAUUGGCAUCAAAGUAUGCAAAUUUCUCUGAGGGAGUGUGCAAGCCAGGCUAUGCCUCAGCGCUCAUGACUGUCAUCUUCCCAAAGUUCUCGAAGCCGGCACCAAUGUUCUUGGAUGAUUCCUUCAGGAAAUGGGCACGUAUCAGGGACUUUGUACCCCCCUUUGGAAUUAAAGGACAAGAUAAUCUGAUCAAAGCCAUCCUGUCAGCAACCAAAGAUUACCGUCUAACUCCAGCUCUUGACAGUCUCAGCUGCCGGCGAUGUAUUAUUGUGGGAAAUGGUGGAGUACUUGCAAAUAAAUCAUUGGGGUUGAAAAUUGAUGACUAUGAUGUUGUUGUCAGGCUGAACUCGGCUCCAGUGAAAGGCUUUGAAAAGGAUGUGGGUGGCAAGACAACACUCCGGAUCACAUAUCCUGAAGGUGCAAUCCAGAAAAUGGAGCAGUAUGAGAAGGAUUCCCUGUUUGUUCUGGCAGGAUUCAAAUGGCAGGAUUUCAAGUGGCUGAAAUACAUUGUUUACAAGGAGAAAGUGAGUGCCUCUGAUGGCUUUUGGAAGUCAGUGGCAACCCGUGUCCCAAGAGAACCUCAUGAGAUACGUAUCCUGAAUCCCUACUUCAUCCAGGAAGCAGCUUUCAGCUUCAUUGGACUGCCUUUCAACAACGGCCUGAUGGGCAGAGGGAACAUCCCCACCUUGGGAAGCGUAGCAAUAACCAUGGCGCUCCACAACUGUGAUGAGGUGGCGGUAGCUGGGUUUGGCUAUGACAUGAGUUCACCCAAUGCACCCCUGCACUACUAUGAGACCAUCAAGAUGUCUGCCAUCAAAGAGUCUUGGACGCACAACAUCCAGCGGGAAAAGGAGUUUCUGAGGAAGCUGGUGAAAGCCCGAGUCAUCACUGACCUAACCAGUGGGAUUUGAGUGGCUGCAGCCACUGCCUCCAAGGGAGGAGAUGAAGACACGCUGCAGCUCUGGGAGCAGGCACUGGCAGCCCCCUGCAAGAAUCCCACCUCACUGAAGACACACAGAGAUGCCCAGGUGCUCUGGGAAGACCCUCUUGCAUUGCCAGUCUGCACGAGGGUUGCACCUGCCACCUCCAGGCCUAGAGCUGGCAGGAGGUGGGCAAGGGACUGAGUAGACAGUUCUUGAACUCUGCAUUGGAGACAGAUCUUCUGCAUCCUGAAUUAGACAGGAAAGACUCAGGAGAGAGAAGAAAGAUUUGUGAAUAAAAUGAUUUGUGCCAAAUGGGAGGUGAUGCUGCCCCAAGGCAGCAAUGCCUGAAUGUACAAAGUAUUAUUUUUUAAAAGACUGCUGGAAGCAUACUAGAAAUACCAAGGUACAAGGCAAAGCCUGCUUGUUCACAGCCCUGCAAAAGGCCUGGCCUCUUCAUGCUCCAUCUGCGUUGUCACCAGCCUCAGACCUUUCCCCAGGAAAACAAAUCCAUCCAAAACUUUGGUGUUGUUGGUGCUGCUAUAAUUCAAAGGGAGAAUAAUGGCUUCCUCUCAUUCUCCACUUGGAGCUUCUGAAUGGAGAUGAGCAUGGGUUUGUUUUUCUGUGUUUUUCCUUGCUUCCUCCACAGAGGCGGCAACAGCAGCAGCAGCCAUCAACUUGGCUGUGUUUUUCAUGGCCAUUUGCUCUGCCUCUGCCCUGACCCCGAGGUGGAGGGGGGAGCUGAUGGCUUUCUCCACCUCCCGCAGACCCUCCCCACCUUCCUGUCUGUCACGGUGUGGAGGAGCCUGCCUCGUUGUGCUCAAGGCUGUCAGGCCUCUUGGUUUGUGCCUGCUGUGCAGGGCCACCCUGGAGUCCGUGCACGUUGGUGUCACUGUUUCUGGACAGCAUCUUGCUUUGGUUUUGUGUGGGAGGGGAGUAAUUUGUUCUUUGGAAGGAGGUCAUAUCUUGAGCGGAGAUCUCAAGCUUUACAUUUUGAGAGCAGACCGCUGAAGAUGUUUGCUUUAUGUUCCAGACUCGAUCACGUUCCCUGUUUAAGCAACAUGUGACCUCAGUAAUGAUGGAUCCUCAUGGGAGCCCUCACCCUCCACUCGGCCCCUGCUCACGCCAUUUCCAAACUCCUCCCGUGCUGCUCUAGCACUGCUGCUCCUCUUGCUCUCAGGAGCACAUCCUUCCUUGGUCCCAAGAUGCAGUAUUUGCACAUUUGAUUUGUAUAAGUAUUUCAGAGGAGCUGGAAUAAGCUGAGCAACGUGGCCAAGUCUGAGGACAGCAGGGUGGUCUCCUCCGCUGGGAGGGUGCGGGCGGAAGGGGGAUCGCCAAGGGAAUGGUGGAAAUCGGCUCCCGUGCUCUCCUGGCCUGGAGCAGGCUGGGCUGCACCCACAGGGACUGUCCAAGUACCUGGGUGUCCAGGCACCAGCAUGCAGCCAGCCAGUGCUGAGGUCAGUGGAGGGGGAUCCCGAAGGGAUGCAGGUUGGGCUCGUGGUCCUGGCACUGGGUCUGAUGUAGCCCAAGGAUUGCAGUCUGUCUUACUCUGAGCUGAAGGGAGAGCGUGGCCCCAGCGUGGACGAGGGAUGCUGAGAGCAGGGCUUGCGUGGCUCCCCUGGGCUGCCUCUUCCCCCACUGACUUGUGGGGGGCUGUGACUUUGGAGCUGAGACCCUCGAGGGGGUGUGCAGGAAGGGCAGGCAGUGACACAGGUGUGGAGCAGAGGAGCAAACUGUACAGAAUGGUUUGAGACCAGGCUGCAGGCAGAGGCAGCUCUCAGGACAUGGGGCUGAGUGCUGCUUAUAGACCAGUGUGGGAUGCAUCCCUCAGGAACCUCUCCUGCAUGGUGUGCCUGUAGCAAAGGAGUUUACUCAGGGGCAAGUCCUGUCCAGCUUCUGGUUGUGGCUGCUGCUUGCCUUAUCAUCUGGGAGCACGUCAAGGAUUGUGUCUCUUCUGGCAUUCUCCUGUUCCCAUAUCCCUUUCCAUCCCUCUGGCCUCCCAAACAGGCAGUCCCUGCUCCCCCAGGGACAUUCCUCCCACCGGGAUAUUCUGUGAGGUUUCCAACAGGUUUUUGAGCAUAUGCUGUGGCAGAUACUCCUUUGAAGUCUCCCCCAAUUUCUUUUUCCUUCUCAAGGAGCCCAGGGGACGGGAUUUCCCUGGCUCUCACCUGGCGACACUCCCUUUGCAGUUUCUGUGUGUCAUCCUAGACCCAGGACUGUCAUCUGUAGAGUCCCAGUCAUGCUGGCAGUGGGGAUGCUUGGGCUGGACCUGGCUGAGGUUGUGGUUUGGGAAGCGCUGACACCUACUGCUCAGCCUUCCUGUCAUCCCAGCUUUCCACCACAGGGACAGGUCCUGAUGGGAAUUUGACCCUACAGACCAGGGAGAUGACUCCAAGCCCUUCCUUCCACCUUGGUGGGAGUCUCCCGGCAGAAAUGCCUAGGCUGACUAGAUGAAUGCAUGGCCCAGGGUGACUGUGGUGGCUCAGGACCACCUGCAAGUAGAAGGAAAGAGUGUUUGGGGGCCAAGGCUCCCCUCUAGCUCGCUGACAGCACGGAGCAGCCCCCCGGCUGGGUGACGGAGCAGUGUGCAGCACUGGGUUUCACUGCUGGAUGCUGUUCCUUUGGCUGCCUCCCUGUGUGCACCUGCAGCCACCUCCCGUUCCCUGAGACGCUGCAGUCCUGCCAGCUCGGAGCGGUGCACGCGGGUCAGAGCACGGUCAGUGGGACGGAUGUGAGUCUUGGCCUCUCCCUUGCAGUGACUCACCUUGUCAGAUCGGAAGGGAGAGCCCAGGGGAAUUCUCCACAGCCUAAAUAUAGAGCGGGGUUGCCUGGUGCCUCCGAUGCGCUGCAGUGCAGAAAGGCCGCUCGGGUGGCGGGGAACCUGCCCAGGGACACGCAGGAGGUCGGGAGCCAGCGCCCACAGCGGGUUUCACUCUGACCAGUGUGGAGGGCAGAUCUGGGGAGCUGCAGGGCAGCCAGCACAUGCUGCUCCAGGGGAGGGGGCUGCCAGAGAGCUGCUAGUGCUGCACUGAUGACACCCUGAGCACAGGCUGCUGGUGCAUUUGUGGUGUACAGCCCUACGCAGUGCCCACCACCCUGGCGUCAGGCUCCUGCCACCAGUUCGCCCCGUUAGGGCUGGCUGUGCCAUGUCCUCAAGCUCACACGUGCCAAAGGGAAGCACCGUGGCCAGGGAGCACAAGGCAACAGUGGGAUCCAAUCCAACAUUUCUCAGCCCAGUGUCUCUGGGCUUCCAGGAUCUCCUUUCCUCGGAGGGAGCAGUGGGGAGGCCCUGCCUGGCCAUGCUGUGCUACCCCUCAUUAUGGGCACUGCUGGGAGUGGGGGAGAGUGUCAGGACAGGGCCAUCUGUGUCAAACGGGGGCAGUCAGGCUGGGUAUGGGCAGCACUGGACAUGGGCAAGGGCUUCCAGAGUGCCUGGCAGGGAGGUGGCCACCACGCCGAGCUCCACCGGUACCACCAGUGCCGUCGGUCCGAGCAUGUGUCACUCGCAGUAUUAGAGACGUGUCCUUCAGUGCAGGACACCCUUUUGGGGCCACUACCCAGCUCCUCUGGGCUCUGGCUCUUCUCACAGCCUGCACGGGGACUCGCAAAGGCCAGUGCGUUUGCCGGUACUGUACCAAGCUGAGAUGCAAGAACUCAAUGAGUUUUUAAAAUUAGUUUUAGUUUCUGCAUUUUUUUUUAAUUUCCCCUCUAGGCAGGGAGGGCAAGAGUCUUGCAGGCUCCUCCAAGCCGGCUUAUGUCACGUCAAUUCAGUCAUAUCACAGAAGCAAUAAAGCUAUCAAACAAG